AUGAAGAGAGAAAGGCUAGAGAGCAAAGACAGAUUAAGUGCUUUACCAGAUUGCAUUCUUCUUCUCAUUCUAUCCUUUUUAUCUUCGGAACGUGCUGUUCAAACUUGCAUUUUGUCCCCAAGAUGGAACCAUCUCUGGAAGUGUCUUCCCACUCUUCGAUUAAACUCCUUCAACUUUAAGUAUUUCAAGGAUUUCACUCCAUUAGUAACUCUGAUUUUGUCUCUUCGAGAUAAUUCAACCGCACUACAUACUCUCACUGUUUACCGUGAUGGUGGAGUCCAGCCUCGCCUACUCAAAAGGGUCAUUAAUUAUGGCAUUUCACAUAAUGUCCAACACUUAGACAUCUAUGUCUCAUGUAACAUUCAACAUUUUCCUCGGACGUUAUUUUCAUCUCACACUUUGACAUCUCUUAAACUUCUUCACCCUAACUUUUAUAUUAUCAGAGAACAAUUUCCUUAUUCUUUGAAUUUGCCAUCAUUAACUGAAUUGCAUCUGCAUGCGUUUGCCUUUCCUGUUGGCGAUGAUGGUCGUGUUGAGCCUUUUUCGACAUUACAUAAGUUGAAUACUUUGAUCAUUGAUGAUUGUCACCUACAAAACCUUUGCAUAUUGAGUACCUCACUUGCCCGUUUAACUAUAGUCACCUGUGAUAAUCCUCCCGAUGCUUGUUGUGAAAUUGAGUUAUCUACUCCAAAUCUUUGUAUUUUUUCUUUUAUUGGUUCUCCUUUUCACAAACUCUAUGGGAUCAAAAGCAAUUUGUCUUCUAUUAAACACAUAGACAUUGAUCUAACCUUGAUGUUAAACUCUACAAAAUGUUCGUUAUUUCUACUCAACUGUCUGGUUGAGCUUGUUAAUGUUAAGUCAAUAACAGUUUCUUCACCAACUCUUCAAGUUCUUUCUUUAGUUGACUUAUUCAAGAUUCAUCUGCCUUCCUUGUGUAAGAUGAAGUCGCUUAAAGUGAAAAAGAAACAAUCUUCAUUCAUACCUGAUUUACUAGUGGAAUUUUUGCUCCAAAAUUCUCCUUCAACAAAGGUUGACAUCAUAGAUUGA